CAUCUUGAAUGGCCUCCCGUAGUCUUCUGGGACCUGUCACGUGUCUGCAGUCUCUGGUCAUCUCCUGUAUUAUGUCUGCAGUCUCUGGUCAUCUCCUGUACUAUGUCCGCGGUCUCUGGUCAUAUCCUGUACUGUGUCUGCAGUCUCUGGUCAUCUCCUGUACUAUGUCCGCAGUCUCUGGUCAUCUCCUGUACUAUGUCUGCAGUCUUUGGUCAUCUCCUGUACUAUGUCUGCAGUCUCUGGUCAUCUCCUUUACUAUGUCUGCAGUCUCUGGUCAUCUCCUGUACUAUGUCUGCAGUCUCUGGUCAUCUCCUGUACUAUGUCCGCAGUCUCUGGUCAUCUCCUGAACUAUGUCCGCAGUCUCUGGUCAUCUCCUGUACUAUGUCUGCAGUCUCUGGUCAUCUCCUUUACUAUGUCCGCAGUCUCUAGUCAUCUCCUGUACUGUGUCCGCAGUCUCUGGUCAUCUCCUGUAAUAUGUCCGCAGUCUCUGGUCAUCUCCUGUACUAUGUCCGCAGUCUCUGGUCAUCUCCUGUACUAUGUCUGCAAUCUCUGGUCAUCUCCUGUACUAUGACUGCAGUCUCUGGUCAUCUGCACUAUGUCUGUAGUCUCUGGUCAUCUCCUGUACUAUGUCUGCAGUCUGGUCAUUUCCUG